UAAAAACAUGGCGGAUUGGUUUCCGCCUCUUUGAAGAGAUAUAUCGAGUCGAGUUUUUUUCGCCAGACAUGUCCGUCGAUGUUCAGAAGUGGAAAGCUGAGGCUCAUGAAAAGGCUGCAAAGACCGUUGCAAAUAUGCUCCAGCAUCCUGACAGCCUGGACAAAGUGGAACAGUGGAGGCGAAGAUUUAUGAGAAACAAGGCAUCUGCUGAAGCUAGACUUAAGACAGCUGUACAGUCCCAACUGGAUGGUGUGAGAACAGGGCUUCAUCAGCUCCACGGUGCUCUUCAAGAUAUCAAGGAAAUUAAGAAGAGCAUGAAUGAAGUUGACUCCAUGUGCAAGAAUGUGGGAUAUUUAGCAGACGAGCUGCAGGCCGUCAGGGACUGUCAAAUACACCAGAACAGAAUAUCUAAGUCCUGUGAACAUCUCAAUCUCAUCUUCACUGUUCCUGAAAGUGUCAAAAAAACAGAAGUAUUGAUCAAUGAAGGAAAACUUCUCCUUGCUCACAAAUGUUUAUCAGACCUAGAAGCCACUAGAGAUGAGCUUCUGCUUGAAGUUCACAAGAUGGAGCAGGAAGAAGAGGGUAAAAAAUCUGAUAAAAAGCCUCUGUACCAAUACUUUGAUGCUGUCAAGAAAUUAUCUGAUUCUCUUGGCAAACAGUGCUGGGUGGUUUUGGGGAGGGUGCUAAGUACAGUCCGCAGUGACCCCGCUCAGCUAGUGACUGCACUCAGAAUUGUUGAAAGGGAAACGAGAGCUGACAAAAGAGCACAGGAGAAAGAAAACCUUAUGGGAUUUUCUGUGCCGGGGCGGCCUAAGAAGUGGAGAGAUAAAGCAUUUAAGGUUCUAGAGGAAUCUGUCAGUAACAGGUUUGAGAGCCUUGACAUGGAACUACAAGAUAGACUAGAUGAUAAGAUGUGGUUGGUGAAGCAUCUUGAACGCACAAGAAAGCUUGUUUUGGAUGAUUUGAUUGUUGUCAAGAACUUGUGUCAAGCCUGCUUCCCUCCAAGUUACAACAUAUUUGAUCGCUACAUUGAAAUGUAUCACAAGGCAUUGUCUGUUAUGUUGGAGAGAUUUGUUCUGGAAGAAAGACUGGAUUCGAAUGAGUGCAUCAGCUUGUUGACAUGGAUCAGAGAAUACAAGGGAACUGAUCUUCUGAUGCAUCCUGAGCUGCAGAUUGAUGUUGGAUUUCUGGGUCCUCUGUUGUUGCCUAAAGUUGAGCGGGAACUGCAAGACACGUACCGUAGGACCACCAAAAACAACAUGAUGGAGUGGAUGAGCAGGCUAGCCAGUACAGAUCUACAGGACUGGAACAGUGAAGCGCCGCCAGAGACGGACAUGGAAGGUUUUUACAACACGUCACUUCCAGUUUUCCUUUUUAAAAUGAUCGAUCAGAAUCUCCAAGUUGCGGCAAAGGCCGGAGAGGAAAUUAAACUAAAGAUUCUGGAAGUUUGUCUGGAUUCUAUGGAAGCUUUUCAGAGGGAAUAUAAAAGUAACAUAAAAGUUUUUAAAAGUAAACACUUUGAAGACAGAAUGCAGCCUGUUAGAUUUGUGGAAUACAUGGUUGCGAUCGUAAACAAUUGCAAAGCGUGCAUGGACUUUACAGAUCAACUCAAGGAGCGGUUAGUGGCUGAACUUGGCCGCGCAACGUUUGGAGAAGAUAAAGAAAGAUUAUUUAAGUCUGUCGUUGACUGCUUUGAAAAGAUAGGAGAAGAGAGUGCUGGAUACCUCUUGGAUGAAGUUUUCCUGGAUCUGGAACCUUUCUUUGCACAAAUUAUGACUCCUACGUGGGUACCAAACCCAGAGGCUGUGGACACGAUAAUUGUCACGAUAGAGGAUUACUACAAUGACUUUUUACACAUAAAAGACAAAUUUUUCGAUUACCUCAUGGAACAAGCUCUGAAGAAAGUGCUGCUAGAAUAUGUCCGUGCAAUGCUGAGCAAACGUAUGGUAUUCAAGGAUUAUGAAGGAAGGAGAGAUGCAGCAAAAAAGAUCACGGAGGAAUCCAAAAAGAUUGAGAAACUCUUCAAGAAAUUAGCUAAAGCUACUUUGCAGCCAGAAACUCUUUGCCCAGUCCUUACCACACUUGCUGAGGUCAUCAAACUUCGGGAUACGUCCAUGAUGGCUCUUGAAAUUUCGGGAAUUGCCAACAAGUACCCAGACUUUAAAUCUGACCACGCCUUGGCCCUGUUGUUGAUGAGGGGAGAUCUUACCAGGGCAGAGGCUAGACAGUUAAUUAUGGAAACUCCUCUUGAAGGAAGACAGGAUACUCCAGCUGAUGAUCCUGCUUCAUUUUUCACACAAAUUAUUGUGCCACCAUCUGUGCUGGACAAGCUGGAAACACUUAAGGAAUCAAUGAUGAAAAAGAAAUGAAAUUAGUAUUGAGUCAGCAUGUAGCUCUUUAAUCUUCUUCACUAUGUGCAUCAAAGAAGGAAUGGGUUUGUUUUUAUAUUAAAAAGGAGUUUGAACAUAUAACAUGUAUUUUGGGCCCUGGACAUUUAUCUGCCACUGUUUUAUUUUUUGUUGUUGAGAUGCCGUUCGCAAUAAAUGUACCACAAAGUCGUUAUCAGAAUGUAGAAAUUGUUUAUUAAAGAUGGUUGAAGUGUAACUGAGUCUGUAUUGAAAUACUUUAUGAAAAUGAAACAUACAGUGUAGUUGAUGUUAACAUACCGGUAUUUGAAGAUGUUAACAUACCUGUAUUUGAAGCCGUUAGGGACCUUUCUUGCAGCCCCUAAAUUUACAUAUUACCAGUUAGUCUAUGGGCCACUUACUAUAGCUAAAGCUUAUCUAGCUUCCCUCAGCAUUUAGUGGCUUAAGACCCUCCAACCCUUUCUGCUUUCAUUCAUGUUCUUUACGACAGUAAGCUGGUACCCAUGAUCUGUUACAGUGGCAGAUAAAGUUUUUUCGACAGGGCCCUACUAUUCUGAGGGCUUCAUGUUUUAUACAUCAGAGCAUUACAUUUUGGUGACUAUAAUUUAGGAUGAGAUAUACAUAGUUAUGAAUUUGUAAUGUUUGUGAGAUAUGAUUUAUUGCCCAUGA